AGCAUUCGUAUCCUUUGUCUUGUGGUGAUCGAACGUACAAUAGCUGGUGCCUUGCCUUUAAAUAGCUUGGAGUUGUUAACUUUUUUUCCAAACAUCGAUUCGUGAAUUUUGCAUCAAAAAAAAAAUCAGUCUUCUCGUAAUUCCAGCAAUCGAUCCUUGCGUAAUCGAACAUAUUUGAGUUACUAAACGGUGAACUUUUGAGUACAUUUUGGUGAUUAUUCUGGCAAGUGGUUUUGCAACGCGGUGAAAAUGUUGAAACUGCUGUUCAAGCACAAGAAGACUGCCGAAGAGAUCGUGCAAAAGGUUGGCGACGGAUUGGUUGCGCUGGACCGUGGUGGACAGCAGGCGAUCGCGGCGAACGAGUCCAUCAGCCGCAAUUUAAUCGCUAUGAAGAAAAUGGUGUACAAGACGAGCGAUUCGGACGAGUACAACUACACCAUGUCGCAACUGUCCCAGCAGCUGUACAAAACCCACCUAUUCCUGCUUCUGAUCAAGAAUCUUCAUCGUCUCCAGUUUGAGGCAAGAAAGGACGUGGUGCAGGUGUUCAUCAACGUACUGAUACGCGAAAUCGGAGCACGCUUGCCGACGGUGGAUUACAUCUGCUCCAAGCCGACCAUUCUGCACUCGCUGCUCGACGGCUAUCGCCAUCGGGAAACUGUGUUCAGCUGUGGUACGAUGUUGCGCGAGUGUGCAAUGCACGAGCCGUUGGCAAACAUAAUGCUGAACUCGGCUGGAUUCUACACGCUGUUCGACUACAUUGCCGAACCAGCGUUCGAAACGUCGUGCGAUGCGUUCUCAACGCUUAGUGCGCUGCUCACCAACCAUCCGGUACUGAGUGCCAAGUUUCUGACCGAUAACUACGAGCAAGUGUUCAAGCGUUACGAGCUGCUGCUCAAAUCGACCAACUACGUGACGCGUCGCCAGAGCCUGAAGUUGCUGAGCGGUAUACUGCUCACGCCGCAAAACUAUCACGUGAUGAUGAAGUACGUGGGCCGAGAGCAGAACUUGAAGAUCAUAAUGAACAUGCUGAAGGAUAAGUCGCGCCACAUCCAGUACGAGGCGUUCCACGUGUUCAAGGUGUUUGCUGCGAAUCCGGAAAAACCGAAAGAGAUCCGUGAGCUGCUGUUGCGCAACAAGCAACCCAUCGUUCACUUCUUGGCCCGUCUCCUUCCGACGAUGGAAAAUGAUGAGGAGUUCGUCGAGGAGAAGGCGUACGUGAUCGAUAAGAUCAAGCAGCUGAAGCAGGAUUCGGCGAACAAGUAGACGAGCGAUUUUCUCCAUAUCAGUCCUCCUGCCGGCCCAGCACACAGCUGGUCGGUGGUGUCGGCUAUCAUUUCCCUUUGACAACAUAAAUGACAUAUCGCAGCACAAGCUGUACAUUAUACUUAAGCUACGAAUAUGACUUCGGAUAUCCGGUGGGUGGUUGUUGGGAUAUCCGGAUGAUUAGACGUGUAUCAUAAUCGUUUUAUAAAACAUAUUCCAACAGCACAAGCUGUAUAUAUCUUCUAGAAAUUAGAAUUCGCUGCAAAGCGUGGUGGUGGGAUCCUAACCAGGGGAUUUAGAUUCGGCAAACAUUUUAAGGAAGCCGGUUUUACUUAAAGGGUUUUAAGCUUCAGCUACGUUGUACGAAUGUACGUUUCGAGCGGAAAUAAAGUUAUAGUAUAAAACCCA